CUGGAGUUUGCUGGAGGACCCGCAAACUGAUAGCAUUAUUUGUUGGAACGGGUUUAUUGAUGAGCAAGAAAUGAAGUGACUGAUGGCUUUUCACCAACUCAACCACUGGAAAAACUCCUGCUGAAAAAUCAACCCACCUCUUCCACAGUGCCCACAGUUACUCCAAUUUGGCCUCCACUAUCCCUGUGAAGCUCUCUGAGACCUUAUCCUGUGUGAAGGCGCUAUAUAAAUGCAAAAUGGCGAAAGCUUUUAUGUCAUGGAUGAAGCAAAGUUUGCAAAACAGAUGCUUCCUAAAUACUUUAAACAUAACAACAUGUCCAGCUUUGUUCGUCAGCUGAAUAUGUAUGGGUUUCGGAAGGUGUUGCAUAUGGAUGGAGGUCUUUUCAAGCACGACAACGAUGGAAUUCUAGAAUUUCAGCAUCCUUUGUUUCAAAGGGGAAAAGAAGACUUGCUGGAAAACAUCAAAAGGAAGGUACCAUCUUCCAGACCAGAGGAUGUGAAAUUCUUUCCCAGUGAUCUGAGUAAAGUUUUGUUGGAUAUUCAGGAAAUGAAAGGAAAGCAAGAAGGCCUAGACAACAUGCUCGUCACCAUGAAGAGAGAAAAUCAGGCCUUGUGGAGAGAAGUGGCUUCCUUACGUCGGAAACAUGCACAGCAACAGAAAUUACUGAGUAAGGUUAUUGACUUUAUUGUCCGCCUAAUGCAAAGUAACUGUCUAGUAGGAGUUAAACGAAAGAGACCAUUUAUGAUCGAUCUGACGGGGUCUCCGUCUGCAAAGCACAAUCGUCAGGCUGCACUGAAGUGUGAAGAAGCUUCUGCAGAGGUUUCAGAGCAUCGCACUGCAAAUAACGAGGAUUGCAUUAACGAUACUGGAUAUAUUGUUGAGAGAAGUCAAGUGGAUCAAUCUCUCCCAUUAUAUUCAGGCACAGAUUUGGUUGGUAGUGAUGCUCCUGUUACCAUGGAUCAAGAAGUUGCUGAUUAUACAAUUUUACAUCAUUUAUUGGAUCAAGAUGCCGCAGAGCCUGAUUGUGAAUCUGCUGCUGGUCAGACGGACACCCAGGCCAACGUCACAGAGGACCCUGUCACCAUCAUCAAAUCCUUUCUGAACGAAAAUGAGAAUAACCUACCUGCACAAAGUGAAAUUGUCCUGGACAGAAGUGAAAUUCAGGAUUUUCUGGACUGCAUCGAUUUGAGCCUAGAAGAGCUCCAAGCACUUUUGUCACAGAAGCAGUACAAUAUUGACAGCGAUUUUAUCAGUGAACUCUUCGGUUCUGAUCUACCUGCUUCAACUGUUGACCUGCCAGAUACUACUCCCAGCACAGCAACUCUUGAAGAGUUAGUUGAAAGCACCAGUAAAUUAGCAGCAUGUGAAGAGGUGGCUAAAAAUGAAAAGGAUCCAAGUGAAGCCAAGCAACUGAUCCAAUAUGUCGGAAACCCAAUACUUACCAAAUUGGAAGAACUAUCUUCAUUUGAAGACAAAUUGACAAUCCCCAAAGAUGUUCCUCAUAUUUCUGAAGAGAAAACCCCAUCCUUUGUUACAUUAGUACAGGAUUCCUCUGUGGCAUCAUCUUCACAGCCAAACGUAGAAGCACCUGUGCCCUUCACGGGACCUUAUGACUUUGAUCUCUCACCGGAAAUCGUGAAUGGAGAUUAUGCUUUACUCCCUUUGUUUGGAUUGACACCGGUUGAACAUCUGGAAAAGGAGAAUGAUGAAGCGACAGGAAUUUCACCCUUGUGAGAAGUUACCAUUUUAAUAAGUACUCAAUGUGGAGUAUUUACAAAAUGACUGAGGACAUGGGCUAUACUUUUGCCUGCUGUAAAACAUUUUUAAAAUAUUUUUCUAGUAUUUUAAGUUGAGUUAGUGGCCUCCUUUCGUGUCGCACAUAAUUGCAAUAUAAUAUCAUGAAAGUAUCACCUGUUUUAAUUUUUCAUCCUACAACACAUUUGUUUUAGAAAAAGUGAGAAUUAUGGUGCAGGCAGCGGUUCCGACUGCCAGCAACGAUGACAGGACAGAACGCAACUGAAUGCUAAAUCGCACAAAGGUCUUGCAAAUAUUAAUACUUGCAGAACCAAAAACAGUCAAAAAAUCUGUGGUAACUGUCUUUUGAAAUGGCAUCACUUCUUUCCAUUGAAAUGAAUGGAAGACUUAACUCACCUGAACAGAAAAUAGUUAUUUUAACAUAGCUCCGAGAAGCUAUCCCGCAUGAAAGGCACUGUAUAAAGGCAAGUUGUUUUCAUUUAUAAUUUGCUGAAAAUGGUAUGACUCCCACCAAAGGCAAUAAUAAUAAUCAUGGACCCUAUAAUGGUAAGCUAUUUGAGGCUAUUUCGGCCACAAAAUACACAGUCACUCCACUUUACAAUAUAUGCUGUGAAG